AUGACCUUGUCGGAUGCUCCAUUCGGUCAACCUCCUCUAUGGACACCCAGCAGUGAUCCAUGUCUCUUUCCCAGCAUAAUACCCUCGGGCGACCUCUCUAGUGAGAAUGUAUCAGACAUCCACCACCAACCCUGUGAUGGCAUUCCCACGCCGCCUCCCUCGCAGCCUCAGUCGAAUCCGAGAACUCCUCAAGAACCCAGUCACGGCACCGAGCGUGUGGUCUCCUUGCUGCUCCUGCAACGCGGGGUCAAUGUGAACGUCCAGGACUCCCGCGGCCAAACCCCACUACACAUUGCCGCCCAGUGCGGGCACCUGGGCGUGGUGCGAUUGCUCCUUACAACCGAACAAAUCGAUGUCAAUGCUCGCGACCACCACGGGUCGACACCACUGCAUGUCGCAAGCGAAAAAGGGCAUGUGGAAGUGGUGCAGUUGCUAGUGGCUCAUGGGGCGCGCUUAGAUGCCCGGUCGGGUCGCACCGGAUAAGCGGAAACCUGGUCGAACCCUGGUCUAUAUCUGCAUCUACUGCAUCUCCCGGUGUUUUUUUUUGGUGUUAUGGGGUGGCAUCGAUGAUUUCGGAGAAGCGAUUUCCUUUCAGUCGUUCCUUACUUUUUCCUUUGUUAGAUUUCCUUUGUCAUCUUAAUUUUUCUUAUUUUUUUCAUUCGGUCUUUUCUCCUCAUAUAUCCUGUGGCGUUGUUCUUUUUUUUUUGCAUGACUUGGCGACUCUUCUCCAGGGGGAAGAGGGAAAAGUCGACUCGGGGAAAACUCGGUCUUUGUUUC